AACUAUUUCGUCGACACCACCAGCGCUACAGCCGCCACCGCUCCUCCUUCCACGUCGCACAGUGAGCAAUUUCUAGCAAUGCUGCACUAUCGCCCUUCGUCGGAGUUCAGCCCUUCGACGGCACCUUCCCAAAGCAUUGCGCUUGUGCCGUACGAUUCAGAAGUUCUCUCCGUUGUCGAGCAACUUCCUAGCGGAGAGGAGGAACAAUCUAUUAUCGAGCCCCACGCGACAUUAUUCUCUCCAACAAGCCGCUUGCAGUCACUGUUGAACUUUGCGCGCUGGGCGAAUGAGCAUGAGCGAGCUCCUGUCACAUUGGACAGCUUCUUGCAGCAGGUGCAAGGCGAGCGAGACAACGUGGAAGCAGUACUCAAGAAUCAAAUGUCUACUACAGCAGCGCGCUUUGUAGACAGCCUGGCUCACCCCCUGCCGGACAGCGAAGACCAAGCUUAUGAUGCGAGUAACGACGCCGACGAUGAUCUAGGUCACCACACAGAUUUUGAAGAAGCAUCAACGGCUGCUGAAGGGCUUGAAGAGAUCGAAGGCAUUGGUGCGACACGAGAGAUUCCGCAGGCAACACAGCCGCCAAUCCGCGCGAACAACCUCAUCGCACCACAUUUGACGCCCGCCCAGCUGCCUGCAGCAAGGUUGGAACGAAAAACAGCGAAAGAAAGAGAGAGGACAGAGAAGAGAGAGGAGAAAAUAAAGGAGAUUCAGCAAAGAAGUGAGAUCUUCUGUUGCCUCAAGAGCCACGCUCAGCAAACUCUCAACCAGACGAGUGGACGGUCGUACCAAUCAGCAGAGACCAUACAGCUACACACGGGAAUUGAGGUUGAAGCUAGGUGGAUUGAACUUCGCGGCGGUAUGGCCUUUGAGAAUCCAAAGAGAUUGAAGAAAGAGAUACAGCUUGUCCUCGAGAUUAUGGCUCUGACAGCUAAGGAAGGAGAGCGCUAUUGGAUUGAGGUGCUCCUACAUCCUCUCUCAGCAGGCAUUGCGGCUCCACGCAAUGAAGCAAAGAUUCAAGUAAGCCUUCAGACGCAAGACCAACAUCGCCAAGAGAUGCGGACACGACCUUCCGACUACGAAACGAUGGGAGUUGACACGGACGCGAUCAAGGUAGGCCUUCCUACCUCAGACAACAGAUCCCCAGCCAUGCCAACAACCCAGGAUGCAUAUACAUACAAAAGUUGCAGGGCGAUCAAGGGAAUAGACCCAUUCACGGAUGUAGUGAGGGUGAACUUGCCUGGUUCAACUCUGGCAUCACCAACAAGUUUCACACCUGCUCGCUCCAACACCCCUCUUAAGAUUACCGGUAUGGAGAAAAGGUUCGGCGUCGUCGAACCCACUCCACCAGUAUCAGAUGCAGGACCUAUAGUAGAAGCGAAACUUGAAGUUGCAAACACAACUGGUGCUGGCGAGAAGGUGGUGGAAAAGGAUGUCAACGACAAGCUGAGUCGUCAAAAAGAACUACCCAGGAGCCCCAUCAAGAAAACGGUUUCAGGACUAAUGGCGCGCAAGAAAGAGCGAUCCGCAAGCACUGGCCCAGAUCACUUCCUCAGCUUGUUGGACUUGAUGAGGAAGAAGUAG